GAUGGCUAGCAGAUGUCAGAACGCAUCGAUAAGUUCUCGGCGUGUUGUUGCAGCGUCAUUCUGUUUGAAUGAAGUUCAGCCCCGCAUCUAGCCAACUCUCCAUUCGCGCCCCGGUGCAUCGGAACAGGAAAAAAAAAUCAAGAGUUGAGGACGUAAAAGGUUGCCAAAUAUGCCGGUGUUUACAGUGAAUGUGAAAUGGGGCAAAGAGAAGUUUGAUGCGGUGGAGCUGAACACAGAGGAACCACCCAUGGUCUUCAAGGCUCAGCUCUUCGCCCUGACAGGAGUUCAGCCGGACAGGCAGAAGGUCAUGGUGAAGGGAGGCACUCUGAAGGAUGACGAGUGGGGGGACAUUAAACUGAAAAAUGGGAUGACUCUGCUGAUGAUGGGCUCAGCAGAAGCCCUGCCUGAGGAACCUGCUGUCCGGCCCAUGUUUGUAGAGGACAUGACUGAGGAGCAGCUGGCCUCAGCGAUGGAGCUUCCUUGUGGGCUGACAAACCUGGGCAACACCUGUUACAUGAAUGCCACGGUGCAGUGUCUGCGCUCUGUGCCCGAGCUCAAAACCGCUCUCAGAAGGUAUGCAGGUGCUCUGCGAUCUUCAGGGGCCAAUGCACCCUCACAGUACAUCACGGCAGCCCUCCGUGACUUGUAUGAGACCAUGGAGAAGACCUCGUCCAGCCUGCCGCCCAUUAUUUUGCUGCAGUUCCUUCACAUGGCCUUUCCACAGUUUGCCGAGAAGGGGGACCAGGGACAGUACCUCCAGCAGGAUGCCAACGAGUGCUGGCUGCAGAUGAUGAGAGUGCUUCAGCAAAAGUUGGAGCCAUUAGAGCCGGAGACUUCCAUGGAGACCGAGUCUGACACUGCAGCCGCUUCUUCCUCUUCAAAGAAGAACUUAAUUGAUCAGUAUUUCGGCGUGGAAUUUGAGACUACUAUGAAAUGCACAGAGUCCGAGGAGGAGGAGCCAAUCAAGGGCAAGGAAAGCCAGCUCCAGCUCAGUUGCUUCAUCAACCAAGAAGUCAAAUACCUUUCCACAGGACUAAGACUGAGGCUGCAAGAAGAAAUCACAAAAAUGUCUCCUUCCUUGGAAAGAAAUGCCCUGUACAUUAAAUCUUCGAAACUCAGCCGUCUCCCUGCCUACUUGACUGUUCAAAUGGUCCGAUUUUUCUACAAAGAGAAGGAGUCCGUCAAUGCAAAAGUCCUCAAGGAUGUCAAGUUCCCACUCAUGCUGGACGUCUAUGAGCUCUGCACCGCGGAGGUCCAGGAGAAAAUGCUGCCGGUGAGGUCAAAGUUCAAGGAGGUCGAGGACAAGAAUCUAGAGAAACAGCAGAAAAAGUUGGUGAAGAAGCCGGAUGCAGAGAAAGUGAAAUAUGAACCCUUCUCCUUCCCUGAUGACCUCGGCUCCAACAACAGCGGCUACUACGACCUGCAGGCCGUGCUGACUCACCAAGGCCGCUCCAGCUCCUCGGGUCACUACGUGGGAUGGGUCAAGAGGAAAGAAGAUGAGUGGGUGAAGUUCGACGACGACAAGGUGAGCCUGGUGUCUCCGGAGGACAUCCUGCGACUGUCCGGCGGCGGCGACUGGCAUAUAGCGUACGUUCUACUGUACGGCCCCCGGCGGCUGGAGAUCGAGGCGGACCAGUAGCUGGGGAGGGAGGUGUGUCCUCGAAGACAAAGACGACAGGCGUACAAAAUGCCAUUUCCGAGCACUGUCUACAAAGAUGUGCAAUAAAACUGGUGUCUUUAAAGAUUUGAUGAACCUUAAUUUCUUUUUUCUUUUUUUUGUAACCACCACGGAUGCUUGUAAAACAAAUUCUGUCAAAUGGUGUUAAAUAUUCAACUAUACUGGGCUUUGAAAAUGGAGAAAUGAUAACGAAUCCGGAGUCUGGCUCUGCAGUUUCAUUAAUGUUUUAUACACAUUGUAUAUUUUUUAAAGCCUUUGAUAAGGUGCUCAUAUCAUACAGGCAAAAUAUUUCUCUUCAGUCAUGUAAUCAACCUCGACAGAAAUGCCUGGCCGAGCUGCUGUCCUCGACGUGUCGCUGUAAAGACUUGCCCUUGUUCACCUGUUGCCCUCUGGGAAACCUCGGGUUCAACCUCAGGUCUUUUCUUAAGUGCUUGGCUCACGUCGUCUCCUGGAAUUGUUCUGAAAUGUAAUGACAGAUGAGGUUCUUUCUGCCAAAUCUCACUGAUGCUUCUGGAAGUGUGUUGGGAGCUGCACGAGAACGCGUCGCUCAUGUGAUGAACUGUGUGGUUAAAUAAAGACUUGAGAUUCAACCACUUC